AAGCUGUCAAAACUCAAAUCUGUCCUUUAUCGGGAUUAAAUAUUUAUAUUUUUUCAUGAAAUAAAAUUGAAUUGAAUUAUUUAUAUUUUAAAUGGUUUAACAAAAUCUACUCACACUGUAUUUAUGAAAAACUUAUUAGAAUUUGGAAUUUGCCUAAUUUCAUUUUAUUUCAAUGUAAUUUAUUUUUCUAUUAGUUUUUUAGGUUACUAUUGGUUUUGAUCAUUCUCUUUAGAUGUAAUCAAAUUGAGUCCUUAUUUAUAGAGAACUCAGGAUGCUUAUUUUAAAAAAUGCAAUAGUUGCCCAUAACAUGUGUUAUUCUAGACUUUUUAAAAAUAGUUGUAUGUUCAAGUUUUGUAGUGUCAAAUCAUAUUCUAAAACCCUUAUCUUCGGUAUUGAAACCUCUUGUGAUGACACUGGUUGUGCUAUUAUUGAUGAUAACGGUCAGCUUUUGUCAGAAAAAUUGCAUUGUCAAAAUUUGAUACAUUUGCGAAAUGGAGGUAUAAUUCCAGAUGUAGCUCAAGAUUUGCAUAGAAGAUAUAUUGAACCUACUGUUAGUGAUACACUUGAACAAGCAAAUGUUUCUAUGGAUGAUAUUAGUGCCAUAGCAGUCACUCUCCAACCAGGUUUACCUCUCAGUCUCGCCAUAGGUAUGAAAUAUGCCAAACAUCUGUCAAGGAGGUUUAAUAAACCUCUGAUACCUAUUCACCAUAUGGAAGCACAUGCUUUGGUCGCUAGGAUGGAACAUAAUAUAAGUUUUCCUUAUCUAACACUACUUAUAUCUGGAGGACAUUGCCUCUUAGCUGUUGUGGAAGAUGUAAACAAAUUUAAAUUAUUAGGACAAAGCAUAGAUUCAGCACCUGGUGAAGUGUUUGAUAAGGUUUCUAGAAGAAUGAAACUGCGCAACAUACCUGAAUAUUCAAAAAUGUCUGGUGGACAGGCUGUUGAAGUAGCUGCAUCAAAAGCAACAAACCCACACAUGUUUAAGUUACCUUUACCAUUAGCAGAUUAUAAAGAUUGUAAUUUUAGUUUUAAUGGAUUGAAAACAGCAACCACCCUUAAUCUGUUUAGAAAAGAAAGGGAACAUAAAAUCAAAGCAGAUGGUUUAAUACCUGAGGUUAAUGACUUGUGUGCAGCUUUAUUGAUGGCUAUUACUAGACAUCUUGUUCACAGAACUCAGAGAGCCAUAGAGUUUUGUAGGCAACGGAAUUUAAUAGCAAUGGAUAAAGGGCAAUUAGUUGUUUCAGGCCUUCAUCAAAAUUAUGCACUGACAAUGGAGUCAUGAUAGCAUGGAAUGGUCUUGAAAAAUGGAAAAGAGGUUUAGAUAUAGUGACAGAUUUGAACAGUUUAGAUUUAAAGGCUGUUAGUCCAUU